UCCAAUUGAAGUAAUCGGAAGCAGUUGUUAGAAAAUUCGUAGUUUUUUACAAAUUGAAAAUUUUCUACACAAGACAAAAUGGAGGCAUCGUUUAUGGUUGCCCUGUUCCUUUCGUUAUUUUUCCACUGCACAGGACUGGUCCCGAGUCCCGUGGAAGCAAGACCGGAUUCGCUUCUCUUCUUACUUAUCGCCAUAAUCUUUCUGCAUAAAUUGAAGAUGAAGUACGGGCCAAUUCUUCCAGAAACCAUAACGGGAGCAAUCCUCGAGGUUCCGGUCCUAUGUUUGGCUCUCCAGGUGGCUUUGCUAGUCCUUUGGGGGCCCAUGUUUUAUAUCCUGCAAUGGUUGGUGGAUUCUGCCAGCAGAAAUCUGAGAUAUUGUCUGAAUGAGCAACUCUCCUUGAUGAUCAGCGAUAUGCAGAAGUUCUUUGGCUGCAAGGAAGACUGCGUCACACCCAGUGUCCUUUCAUUUAUAGCCGAGGAAGAGACCAAGAUGUUAAAACGGGACAUAAGAAAGUGGAAAAAAACCCACAAGAAGUGAAGUAUUGAAAUAGGACAACCAUUUUGUCAAAUAAGCAAUUAUAAUUAAUAACUUGUCAAAUUGAAUAUUUGCAAUCUGAAAUGAAUUGUUCGCCAUUUUUUCGCAUCGCUUUCUACGCUGUCUUCCUUAAGAAAAGCUCUGCUCCAUUAAACGUUUAUUGCAAUCACUCAA